CCUUUAUAACCGACCUGACAUUCUCUCCUUUCGAUCCGUUUUGUCCCCAGAAAAAAGCUUGGCAAAUCCUCUCUCUCUCUCUCUCUCUCUCUCUCGCCAUGGGGAACCAAGAGUCUAGCAACCAUUCCUCCUCGGGGGGCGGCGGAAAGGUCAUCUUGUGGGACGGCACGGUGCACCGGCUGGAGGGCCCCGGCCUCACUGCAGCCGAGCUCAUGCUGGAGCACCCGCAGCAGGUUGUGGUCGAGUUCGACUCCAAGGCCAGCGGGAAGAGGCCGACCCCGUUGCCCGCCGACCAGGAGCUCGACCCCAGGAAGAUCUACCUCAUGCUCCCCGUGAAGAGGGGGAAGCCUGUGUCCCUAUCUGCCGAGGAGGCCCGGCACGUGCUCUUCACGGCGAACUCGGCCCUGCAGUCGAGGUCCCUCCUGACGUCCUCCUCAAGGUUCUUGCCAUUGUUCGCACGGAUGUGCAUCAUUGGCCCCGGAGGCGACGGAUAUGACGAGCACACGCCCCGAGAGCGAGACCAGGAGGGCGAGAUGAGCGUGGCCAAGAGGUGCGCCGUAGCAGACCCGUUCAUGUCGGAGAUCAUGGACGGCACGCCGGAGUACUUGAGCAGGCAGCUCUCGGGGAAGGGAUGGAAGCCGAGUCUAGACACCAUCAAGGAGAAGAGGAUCCAGAAGAAGGUGCCUUACUGGCUGUUCUAGUCACUUUCAGAGGUCGUCCACCAUCUUAUUGGGCUGCCAAGAUCGGAGUAUCGAUGUCUAAAAGUGCUGCUUCUUAUCAGUUAGUUUGCAUAUGUCUAUAUGUCGUGGCAAAAUACUAAUGUCGAUGCGUAGAAAUAGGAAGGGAUUGUAAGUCAAACAGCACAUGUCCUGACCAGGUUCUCGAGGAAGAACUGCGUAGCAAUGAUAUAGGGGAGUUAGGGAGUUACAGCGGUGCGUGUAUUUGUGGGCCGUUGAGGCCCAUAACAAGGCCUGAUGUCCUAGCUUUUCAGCCCAUCGCUCGUAUUGAACCGGGUCGGAUAGUUUCGUUUUCGGUAUGCAGUAAUUUAAGUAUGGGGUCCGUUUAUUUGAAGGAAUUUUUUUUGUUGAGAAA